AUGGAAUUGUUCCAGUCCCUUUUGAUGCUUGCGUGUUUUCAAGUUGACGUGACGACUGCUGGCCAGUCUAUCAGCACCUUCACGUCCUACAAGAGCAGCGAUGCCGUGAUGUUGCCGCUUGCCGCCCAGUUCACCAACAUCAGGAGAACGUCGUGUGCCUUCAGAUGUUUGGACUCUGUCCUGUGUCGCAGCUUCGCUUACAACAACCUCACACGGCAGUGUACGCUUGGGUCAUGGCUGGUGCCGUACAACACGACCCUCAGGUCGCUGACCACCAAGAUUUACACGAGGGGUGUCUUGUGUAACAACACACCGAGUGCUGGCACGUGCCUGGAUGCUAAAUGUCAAGGAAACUACGUGACCUUAGGAAACAACACGACCUUUGAACCUUUCAACCCUGGCUUCUACACCUCCUGCCGUGACGUCAUCGGCAGCGAUCCCAGAAAAAUCGUCACCCUGGCUUCCGGUCUGGUCGUCAUGUGCGACACGGUGACCGACGGCGGAGGCUGGACCGUCUUCCAAAGACGUGUCACUGGAACCGUAGAUUUCUUCCGCGGCUGGGAGGAAUACAAACGCGGCUUCGGGGACUACGGUCUGGGGAACUUCUACCUCGGUAACGAAAACAUCUACUGCCUCAAUUCAAAAUCCCAACAUGAACUCCGGGUAGAUAUUGUCUACAACUCCACCAGCUACUACGCGAAAUAUUCCAGUUUCCAACUUCUCAGCGAGGCGGAAGGAUACAGGCUGCUCAUAUCCGGGUAUUCUGGCACCGCGGGCGACGACCUGGCUGCACAGAAUAACCAGACUUUCAGUACCUACGACAGGGACACCGACAUGUACCUGGACAGCUGUGCCGUCGUUUUCAUGGGCGCCUGGUGGUAUUCAGCCUGCCACGCCUCCAACCUCAACGGGAUGUGGGGGAGUGUCGUCUACGGUCAAGGGUUGAACUGGUAUGACGUCACGGGGUACCUGGGCAGCGUGGUUUUCUCGGAGAUGAAAAUGAGACCGUUGUAG